AGAAGGAGGCGAACAGGCUGCCGAGGGUGAAGGAGGCACCCGGGGGCGGAGAGCGAGAAGCCCCCGUCUAUGGGCAAAGCGAGACUGGGAGCUCAGCGGAUACACGAGCAGCGGGACGUUUGACCAGAGGACCGACCAUGCCGGGACCGUGUUCACGAGUGCGGGUCCCCGUGCAAGAGCAGAUCUGGGAUUUGCAGAAAAAAAUCCAGCUCUUGGAGGGUGAUCGUAGGGCUUAUUAUGAAACUUCUCAAGAUAAAAUCAAGAAGAACAAGGAGACCAUUCAACACCUGAGACAAGAGAACAAGCGACUGCAUAAAGUACUGGCUGGAGCACUGGUGAGUGAUGAGAAACUUGUUCAAGCUUCAUUUCAAGAUCAUCGUGAGAAAAUGGCUCUGAGGAACAAGAGUGGAAAGGAUGUCAUGAUGGUUAUGGACCAGAAGGUUUGUGAAAAGGCUAAGCACCUGAAUGCCCUUAAACAUGAGACAGAAAUGAAGAAGAAACAUCAGAUGGACCUGGAGCUGCAGUACACCAAGAACAUGGGGGAGGCUGCCUUCCUGCAGGAGGUAGAGGAAAACAUGUCAGAGGAAGCACAGACCUUGCGGCUGCUUGAGAAUCGAUUGGAGAAAACACAGCUAAAAUAUCGUGAGGCAUCACAUGUGAUGAAGGUGUAUCAGAGACUCAAGGCCCAUCUGCAGGAGGAGAGUGUGACCUUUCAGAAGCAACUGGACACGCUGGAAGCUGAGAUCCUGCAGCAACGACAGCAGCUAAAGGAGCUUCAGGUCAUGAACAAUGAUGCUCAACUCUCUCGCGACGCUGCUAAGGCAGAACUUCGGCAGUAUGAAGAGGUUAUGCAUAAGGAACGUCGUGAACGGGAGAAGAUUCUCAGUGAGUACAAGAAGCUAGCUGAGGAAAAGAGAACACAAGCAGAACGUGCGGAGAGACGGGCAUUGCGAGCAGCUGCUCACUCCGAUGAGCUACACUUUGAGCGACCAGAAACCGAGGAAACUGCAACUGAAGAAAGGUCCAACAGCACACUAGAAGAAUCCUUCCAAUGGAUCAAAGCAGCUACUGGUGUCACUGAUGUCCAGGAUAUAGUGAAACACUACGUGAUGCAGGAAGAUACUUUGAAGCAAUUGCAGCAGCUGGAGCUGGAGAAUAAGAAACAGUUGGUACAAUUGAAGGAGGAGAAAGAGCAGCUACAGGCAGAAUAUGAUCAUCUGAAAUAUUCUGGUGAAACCAAACUCUCCAGUGAGCAGAAAUUGUUAACAGAGCUACAAGCUCACCUGGAGAAUGAGCAAAACCGAAGAGAGAAGUUAAUGGAGCAUCUUGAAUACAUCAACCGCAUCAUUCUGUCCGUUAAAGCUGGCAUGGAGCACAUCUCUGAAAAACUUCAACAUGUGCAAGUUUCGCAGGAUAGUAUUGCCACUGUGGUCCUGAGCUCCAGCUCAGAUGAGUAUGUGUUGGACUUGUUGUCAGUGACCGAGGCUAAGCUACUGCAACUGCAUCAACAGCUCAGUACCCUUGACCUGAACAAGAUGCUGCGGUUGAUGGAAGACGAUGAGUUCCACGCCAGUGUGGAAGGUAAGCUCCCACCCUACAAUAUGAGGGUGAAGCUACCUGUCACCCAAAAGCUUGAUGUGUAUGAGGGUGCUGAGGAUGAUGAUGAUGACACUGAUGAAGAUAAUGACAGCGGAGACAAUGCUGGUGACAUUAUCACAAGAACAAUGCUGAAGCGACAGUCACAGCAGAUUGUUGAUUGGAAGACCAAGAGGAAGUCUCGCCCCAAAAGAAAGAAGGCAAAACACAGAUCGGCUCACGAGGGAAGCCCCCUGCCUCUCCCUGUCCUUGUUCGCUAGUCCUGCUGUACCCCUGGCUCCCAAGUUGUAGGUAGCUUGUAUCAAUUCAGGAAGGGUAGCCGGAGGAUCUGAGUGAGGGGAGAGAGAACUAUUUGCGGCAUUCACUUUCUGAACAGCUGCUGGGUAGUGAUCCCGUGUGUGGUAAUUUGAAGUAAGCAGUAGAUUAGAAUCCCACAGCAGAGCACCCAAGUUGCAUCAAAGUCAGUAGAAUAUUCUUGUGCUUCAACCCACAGCAGGAAACACAAUGAGGUCAUUGCUAGUGGGAAAAAGAAAAAAUACCAAUUCUGAAACAAUAGUAAAUUCUGUAAAUUUGCAUCCGAGUGAGAGAGUGAUGUUUUAGAGAUCUUUAAUCAGAAGCUAAUGGACGUAGUCUUGCUCCAUAUUUUCAGUGCUGUGUUAAGAAUGUUAAAGGGUGCAGGAUCAGACAAUACUUUUCUAGUGUAAAAAACCUGAGGAUCCCAGCAAGAGUCAACAACUGUAGGAAGGUGGAGAAAACUUAAAUUAGUUAAAUAAAUAAACUCAAGUCUUGGAAAGUUUAUUGGGGAUCCUGAUCUGGCUAUCUAAAGUUCGAUUUGAGAUGCAGAAUAUAAUUGGAGAUUGUGAUUUCUGUCAAAUAAUGGCUCUGUUUAAUUUAUAUCGUCCAGUAGCCCACCCCGCUAAUACUAUCAACAAAAUUCUUACCAGGCUUGACAGGGUAGAUGAAAGUAAAACAGAUAAUGCUGAAAACAGUCAGUGGGUCAGAUAGCAUCUGAAUUAGGGUUAGAGUUAGAUGCUGCCUGGUAUACUGAGUAUUUUUAACUUCUUCUGUUUUUAAUUUAGAUUUCCAGCUUCUGCAUUUUUGUUUUGAUUUUUGUUUGACAGGGUAGAGGCAUGGAUGAUGUUUUCUCUGGCUGGGGUGUCUAGAACCAGGGCUUAAAAUAAUGGAUCAGCCAUUAAGGAGAGAGAUGAGAAGUUAUUUCUUCAUCCAGAAGGUAGUGAAUUCUUUGAAUUCUCAACGCAAGCAAGCUGUAGAUGCUCAGUCACUGAGCAUAUUCAAUACAGAUCAAAAGGUUCUUGGAUAUUAAGGGAACCAGGAGAUAUGGGGUUAGUGCAGAAAAGUGGCAUUGUAGUUAAAGAUCAGUCAUGAUCUUAUUGCGUGUUGGACCAUGCAUGAGGGAUCAAGUGGCACCCGCCUCUUGUUACGUUCUUAUAAGAGACUUACAGUCAAUGAUCUGAGCCCAGCUCUAUGAGUGUUGUGGUCAUGAACUGGGGGUGGGAUGAGGUUAAUAGAGACUAUCACAACAUAAAGAUACCACAGCUAACCCCACAGUCUGCAGCUAAACCUGACAAUGUAAAAACAUUUAAAAAGACUGCAGAUGCUGGAAAUCUGAAAUUAAAAUAGAAAAUACUGGAAACAUUCUCCAGGUCAGGCAGCAUCUGUGGAAGGAGAAACAGAGCGAACAUUUGAAGUAGGAGACUCUUCAGAAUGUCUAAAUAUUGCUGUCGUCUAUACUCAGCUGAAAGUAACAUGAUCACAGGAAUAUUUGGCCCUUAAACUUUGCAUGGAUUUAUGCUUGGUGUUAAUUCCUAAUGAUCCCUUGGAUCAGCUGUCGGGCACAGUUAACUAGAAGUACUUCUUGAUUUUCUUGAUAAAUUGUUUGCACUGGACCUUCUUAUUGAAGGAAUAUAAACAUUUCUAACUUUGUAACCAAGUUUGGUAAGAUUAAAUUAGACUUGG